CAGAGGAAGCAGGAAGUUGCCGCGCUGCAGAGCAAGGGGAUAGCAGGAUGGAGUCUGUGGCCCUGUACAGCUUCCAGGCCACAGAGAGUGAUGAGCUGGCUUUCAACAAAGGGGACACGCUCAAGAUCUUGAAUAUGGAAGAUGACCAGAACUGGUACAAGGCUGAGCUCCGAGGAGCCGAGGGUUUUGUUCCCAAAAACUACAUUCGCGUAAAGCCCCACCCGUGGUACUCGGGCAGGAUUUCUCGGCAGCUGGCUGAAGAGAUUCUAAUGCAAAGAAACCAUCUGGGAGCCUUCCUGGUCCGAGAGAGCGAGAGCUCUCCAGGGGAGUUCUCCAUCUCUGUGAACUACGGGGACCAAGUACAGCACUUCAAGGUUCUGCGAGAGGCAUCGGGGAAGUACUUCCUAUGGGAAGAAAAGUUCAACUCCCUCAAUGAGCUCGUAGACUUCUACCGGACCACCACCAUUGCCAAGCGGCGACAGAUCUUCCUGCGUGAUGAGCAGCCUCUGCUUAUGCCCCCCAGGGCCAGCUUCGCCCAGGCCCAGUUCGACUUCUCGGCGCAGGACUCCUCUCAGCUCAGCCUCCGCCGCGGCGACAUCGUGGAGGUGGUGGAGCGUGCCGACCCGCACUGGUGGCGGGGCCGGGCCGGUGGGCGGCUGGGCUUCUUCCCGCGGAGCUACGUGCAGCCGGUGCACCUGUGACCGCCGGCCGGGCGGGGCGGGGCGGGCUCAGACCCUAACCCGGUCGCUGGGAAGCCGCAGUACACCCGGCUGGUGGCUCCACCGCGAACAGGACCACCCAGCAACCACUGCGAUGUUCCUGACCACGCAGCCCAGGGAGCUGGCGCUUCCCAUUGGCUCCUGACAGCGUGGCAUCACUAGGCGGCCUCUAGAGGCCUUAUCGGCCUCUGCCAGGGCCCAUCUUCAUCAGGGUUGAGAACUGCUAACUGCUAGUGCCCACCAGCUCCAAGAACUUGGUCCCUUUGGGCUGGGCCUACCUACUACCCCUCUUUCCAAAGGCCCUGUAAGCUCUGUAGACUGCUGGGGAAGUGGGUCGCCCCUGAGGCACCUAGACUUUCAUACAGGUGUAUGCUAGCUUCUUAGAUUCCCCCCGCCACACACACACACAAUUUGGGACUGCACCCCAGGGUAUCUGUCCUCUGCCCCGCAACUGGAGUAGGGUUAGAGGCGAGCUUAGUUGAAGGGACCCCACCAGGGAAGAUGCUAUGCAGUGGGUCCCCUCCUGGGUUAUAAUAAAGGAGCUCUGGAGGCCUGCAGUACAAGAGGGGUCAGGCAGCCUACUUAGGGGCCAGCUUGCAUGAAAGUGCUGUCCAGAGGGGGUGCGCUACCAGCAAAGGAAGCUGAGCAGCCCCCACCCAGAGCCCAGACACCUUUGGGAUUGGGAAACUGAGGCAGAUCUGGUAAGGCCUAGCAUGCCAGGCUUUGGGGGAGACCGAGGCACAGGAGGCUUCUCUGUUGUUGUCUGAAGUCCCUUGGGGGGGCCCAGGUUGUAAGCAUGUGAGGUUCUCCUUGAGUCCAGGGCUAACUCAAGACCCUAAGCGUGUCAUACCCUCUGCUCGUAACCUGGGCCCAUAUAUCCAAAUAUAACUAGGGGCUGGAGAGCUGGCUCACUGGUUAAGGGUGCUUGCUUGCAAAGCCCGAGGUCCGGGUGCAAUGCCUCCUACCCACUAUAAUGCCAGAUGCAGAAGUGGCGCAUGAACCUGGAGGAGUUCGUUUGCAGUGGCAGGAAGCCCUGGCGCGCCCAUACUCACUCUCUGUCUCUUGCUCUCUGUGUCUCAGAUAAGUAAAUAAAAAAAAAAUAUGUAAAA